UACUUGCUUAUAAACUGGUCCAACAAUUGUCACCUCGAACGUUUUAUAACCCUCCUCCUCAUCUAUCAUACUCUUGGUUAACUAAUGAAUAAAAGAGAAUAUUUAUUACAUACGAUGAAGAAAAAUAACAUUUACAUAAUACUUACUUCGUUUAUUUGACUUUAAUUUUGUCAAAAGAAAGAAAUACAUAUGUUCUUCCUUUGUAUUAAUAAAAACCGUUGUUGGAAAUAACCUAACGACGAGAUGAAAAAAAUUCUUUAAGGUCAAAAUAAAGAAGAUUUUAUUUUCAAAGUAAAAAAUAAAAUGCUAAUAUGAAAGCAAAUCGUUUCUCUCUGGUAGUUAUAUUAGUUCCUUUGGCAUUUCAAAUAGUUACACCAAAACAGCAUGGCAUCUUCAAAGCUUUUGCGAAUUUGCAGUUCGAGGACAAGAGAGUGUUAACAGCGACGACUUCAGAAAUUUUAGUUUCCAGUCUGAUACACUGCGUUCAAUUAUGUGCAAGGAGGAACAAUUGUUUCGGAAUAAAUUUCCACCAAAAUAAAAAAGGCUGUGAAUUUUUUACAGAAGUGCAUUUCGAAGCAGUGGAAUUAUUACAGCCAACAGCAGAUUGGAAAGUAUAUCUCUUGAGGGAGGCAAUAUGUGAUCCAAAUCCUUGUUUAAAUGGAGGAGAAUGUAAAAUUAGGGAAAACGAUGAGUAUGAGUGCAUUUGUCCGAAUUUAAUCAUAGGGGAACGAUGUGAGAAAGAUAUUCGAUUCAAGUUAGAUAUAUCAAGUGGCGACUCGUUUGUUACAAUGCCGACAACGUUUGGUCAGCUUCAGAAUUUUACAAUGUGUAUUGCGUUUGAAAUGCAAAGUCUUGGUACCUUAGAUUAUAGAACCAUCCUAAACUAUUUUCACGUCUCAGGUGGCACAUGCUCGAACGUACUGUUUGCUGUAAACAACAGCACCUUUCGGGUCCGGAUUUUAAACACAAAUUAUAAAAUCGAUUAUCGUCCUGUGUCUAGGAUACCAACAGCUGCUUGCAUUACCUGGAGACAAAAUACUCACCAAUUUCAAGUUUAUAUCAGAAAUACGCUAGCAAGAUCCGAUACAGGGGAUAGUAGAUUUAUUCUAAGUAGUCCUGGGGUGUUAACACUUGGUAUAAGGUAUUCAAAAGCAGAAUCAGAUAAGUGCACUCCUGUAGUAUCUCAGACUAAUAAGUUCAAAGGGAAAAUCGGUUACUUUUUUUUGUUCAAUCGAUUUUUUACUAAAGAGGAUGUGCAAAAUUAUAGCAAGGUUAUAAUUGGUGAAAUGUCGAAUGUUGUGAUUUCGUGGGAUCGGUUCCGAGAUGAGAAAUUUUGGAGAAAUGGAGUAAAGAUUGUACCAAUUAUCAACUAGUAAGAUUAAUACGUAUACGUACGUAACAGAAUUUGAUGUAAUCAUGAUAGGUCUGCAAAUCAUUGUACAGAAAAAUUGGAGGAUGAGAAUACGCAUAAAGAAAGUCUUUGUGUGUACUAACCGAACUUAUUGUUUCAUGUGUGUAUAUAUAACUAUUCUAAAAGCUAGUCAAAAUCAAAAUGGUUGAUGUUUGAUUAAACUUUUUUAACAACUUACUUUUGUUUUGCUGCUGGUUUGUUUUUGUUAUUUUCAUUGUUUUGCUGUAUUAUAUUGCUGUUUUUGCGUUUUUGUUGCUGCAGUUGUUGUCAAUUUUGCUGUUGUUGGUAUUGUCAUUAUUGUCGUCAACGUUGUAUUAAUUUUGCUGCUACAGUAACCGUUCUUUCUAUUGCAGCAAGAACAGAUCAAAAUAAGCUCACCUCUUCUAUUUCACUUCCACUUGUGUGUAUCAAUUGCUUCAAAUAUAAAGUGGGUGCUUCUGA